CGUGACGCGCCCGCCGCGGCCCCGCCCCGGCAGUGGCGGCGCAGCGCUGUCCGCUCCGGCCGCGGCUGCGGGCCCGCCCGGCGGCGCGGCGGCUGCAUCCGCCAGCAGCGGCGGCCGGGGGAGGCGCGGCCCGGAGAGGCGCGGCCGGCGGGAGGCAGACAUGGCCAUGCCCAGCUCCCUGUUGUGGGCCGUGGACAUCUUUGGGCGCGCUUACACUCUGUCCACCGUUGGCCAGUACUGGGAGCUCUGUAAGGACACGCAGCUGGAGUUCAAACGGGUCUCUGCUGUCAGACAGUGCUGCUGGGGAAUAGCCUGCGAUCAUCAAGUAUACACCUACGUGUUCUCGGGUGACGUUCCCAUCAGGUACCAGGAAGAAACGUACGAGAACCAGCGCUGGAAUCCGGUUGGCGGCUUUUGUGAGCAAUUGCUGCCCAGUGACCGCUGGCAGUGGAGCGAUGUGAGCGGGCUCCGGCACCAGCAGCUCGAUAGCUUCACACUGCCCUCCGCACACUGGGAGUGGGAGUCUGACUGGUACGUGGAUGAAAAUAUUGGAGGGGAACCAACAGAGAAAGGGGGCUGGACCUACGCCAUAGACUUCCCCAGCACCUACACAAAGGAGAAGAGAUGGAAUUCUUGUGUCAGACGCAGGAGGUGGAUCAGAUACAGGAGAUACAAAUCACGGGAUGUCUGGGCAAAGAUCGUGUCCCACGAUGAUCCGGAUCAGCUGCCAGACCCUUUCAAUGACAUCUCCAUCGGAGGAUGGGAGGUCACCGAUGAGCCUCCGGGCCGUUUAUCAGUCUGGGCGGUUUCGUUACAAGGAAGGGUAUGGUACAGAGAAAACGUCUGCCAUGACAAUCCAGAAGGUUCCAUGUGGUCGUUAAUCACCACCCCUGGUGAAGUUGUACAGAUCAGCUGUGGACCAUAUGACCUCCUUUGGGCAACUCUUUGGGAAGGGCAAGCUAUUGUGAGAGAAGGAAUUGAUAGGAACAACCCUCAAGGAGUUUCCUGGAGUACCGUGGAGUCUCCAAGCUCAGAAAACGGGAUUAUGCACGUCUCCGUGGGUGUCGAUGUGGUGUGGUGUGUUACCAAGGACAGGAAGGUGUGGUUUAGAAGAGGAGUGAACUCACAUAAUCCUUGUGGAACAAGCUGGAUUGAAAUGGUUGGAGAAAUGAUGAUGGUAACUGUAGGCUUAAAUAACCAGGUCUGGGGAAUUGGCUGCGAUGACAGAGCAAUUUAUUUUCGCCAAGGCGUCACACCAAGCGAGCUCAGUGGGAAGACAUGGAAGGCAAUUGUAUGUGGCCGAGAGAACGACAGAUCUCAGACCGGGAGCUCGACAAGCCUGCUCAGUGCUGGCUGUUUCUUUACUGAUGAUAUUCAGAACCAAACAAACACAGUGGUUCACGGCGAUGCAGACGCGUCGUCUGACACGGAGCUGCCCGGCGCACCCGCGCGCCUCGCCAGCGCUGCCCCGGCGGGAGCUGCCGCCAGCAGCGACCGGGCAGCAGAACCACGCGCGGAUGUGCCUGCGCAUCCUCUGGGCUCUGACCAAGGAGAAGCCGCCGUUGCUUUGACUAAUGAGAAAGCCGAUCUUGAAAUGCAUAAAACCUCUACAAACCCAGAUCCUUCUGCAGAACUGCAGUGGACAAACAUUGACCUGAAGGAGGCCCAGAAGCACCCGGUGCUCUCCGUCAGCAGCUUUGCAGACACUUCCAGCCUGUGUUCCCUCGGCAUGUUCUCGGCGGGAGCUGAGGAGCAGUACGGAGCCGACGAGCACCCGCUGUGGGCCUGGGUGUCCGGGGGAGGCUGCCUGGUGGAUCUGCACAGCCCGCUGAAGUGGUUCACCGUCCCGUCAGGUUUGUCGUCCUCGGUGCAGUCGCUGUCCCUGUCCAUCUCUCCGGCGCAGACGGCGGCGUGGCGAAAGCAGAUCUUCCAGCAGCUCAGUGACAGGACAAAGCGCGAGCUGGAGAAUUUCAGGCACUACGAACAGGCUAUUGAGCAGUCGGUUUGGGUUAAAACUGGAACCUUGCAAUGGUGGAGGAACUGGAAGCCUCACAAGUGGACGGAUGUUCGAGUUGCACUCGAGCAGUUCACCGGGAGCGAUGGAAUGCGUGACAGCAUCCUGUUCAUCUACUACAUGUAUCACGAGGAGAAAAAGUAUAUCCAUGUGUUCCUGAAUGAAGUCACUAUUAUAGUUGAAGUUCUGAGCGAAGCCAAACACUCCUUUGCACUGUAUACACCUGAGAGGACGAAGCAGCGAUGGCCAAUCCGCCUGGCAGCCGCAACAGAGCAGGAAAUGCAUGACUGGCUGUCCCUGCUGACCAUGUCGUGUUGUGAAAGCAGACGGAUUCAAGGCCCUCCUUCUCAGCACGCCAUUUGGUCGGUUACCUGUAAAGGAGACGUGUUUGUCAGCGAGCCGAGCCCCGAGCUGGAGGCGGAAACGUCCCCGCUGCCCUGUGACCAGAUGUUUUGGCGUCAAGUUGGAGGCCAUCUUCGACUGAUAGAGUGCAAUAACCGAGGCAUAGUGUGGGGCAUAGGAUAUGAUCACACAGCUUGGGUUUAUACUGGUGGAUACGGAGGUGGCUUCAUUCCAGGACUGGCCAGCAGUGCUGAUAACAUUUACACGCAGUCAGAUGUGAAAUGUGUUUACAUCUAUGAGAACCAGCGGUGGAACCCGGUCACCGGCUACAGCAGCAGAGGUCUGCCCACCGACAGAUACAUGUGGAGCGACGCGUCUGGCCUGCAGGAGUGCACAAAGCUCAACACCAAGCCUCCCUCUCCACAAUGGUCUUGGGUUUCCGACUGGUAUAUUGAUUUCAAUGCUUCAGGCGGAACUGAUCGGGAAGGCUGGCAGUACGCAGCAGACUUCCCAGCGUCCUACCAUGGUCACAAGACAAUGAAAGACUUUGUCCGACGGCGGCGCUGGGCAAGAAAAUGUAAGAUAGUCACCAACGGGCCGUGGCUGGAAGUGCCUCCUGUCACCCUGCGGGACAUCUCCGUCAUUCCCAGUUCAGACGCAGCCGAUGAAGCAGCAGUAGCACUGUGGGCCAUCAGUGACAAAGGAGACGUGCUCUGCAGGCUCGGAGUGACACAGCACAGCCCAGCUGGGACAUCCUGGCUGCACGUGGGAACAGACCAGCCCUUCAUUUCCGUCUCCAUUGGAGCAUUUUACCAAGUGUGGGCUAUUGCUAGAGAUGGUUCUGCCUUCUAUCGGGGUUCAGUGUCUCCAAAAAACCCUGCGGGUGACUGCUGGUACCAUAUUCCCUCGCCUCAAAAACAGAAGUUAAAACAAGUCUCAGUGGGACGAACGUCUGUGUUCGUGUUGGAUAAAAAUGGCAAUCUCUGGUUCCGGCAAGGAAUCACACCGAGUUACCCACAAGGAUCUACUUGGGAUCACGUUUCAAAUAAUGUCCGUAAAAUGUCUGUAGGGCCCCUGGACCAGGUCUGGGUGAUAGCUGACAAAGUGCAAGGAAGCCGUAGUCUGAGCUGUGGGACCGUCUGCCACCGGACCGGCGUUCAGCCCAUGGAACCCAAAGGCCUCUCAUGGGAUUAUGGUAUUGGGGGUGGCUGGGAGCACAUUACGGUCAGAGGAAAUGCAACCGAAGCCUCCAGGGUCGCCGUGCACGACACCGCCGAGGAAAACCCAGCGGUACCAAAGGAUCUCGAAGAUGAGGCGAGUAAGGAGAGAACGGAACACUCUAGAACCCCUCUGAUGGUCAGUGGAAGUCAAGAAUUGGACAGAAAUGCUGUUCAUUGUUAAGCUGUUGCCAUCUACAUGUUGCAAACAAGCAGUAGUCAGUAUAAUUUUAAAAGAAACUAAAUGUCUAUUGGCUUGAGAGACAAACCUGGCCUUUUUGUGCUACUGAUACAUUUUAAUGAACUGGAGUUUGCAAUGGGGUAUUUUAAAUACUCGUUUCUUCUACUACAUCAUGUGUAAAAUGUGACUUGAUAGAGCUAAUGGUUUUGUCAAAGCAGGCAAGCUUUUUAGCCACAAUGAAUUCCCGACCCUUUACCGCAGCUGCUACGCAACCAUACGAAUGUGAAUAUCUUUGCGAUGAUCACUACCUUCUUUUUUUAAUGAAUAUUAUGGUUCCCUACAUUUCUCUCAGAUUCACACACCUUGCACACUAUUCUUUAGAAUCGUAUUUGAGCAGAGAUGAAGGUUUCAUAACCAAUUUAAAUGAAUUACCAACAGUCCCCGUGAUUUGCACUGCAAACACAGCUGGGUCUGACCGUACAAGCAUUUAUACAUGCACGUAACUCGGCUCCUGAGCCCUGUGUAUCUGAGCAUGGAGGUUGUUCACACUAUUCUUGCUCCUGUCAGUGAGACUAAAUUCUGUACAACUCAGCUUAGGGUGCAGGCACCAGUAAGGGCCGAUUUCUGCUGCCUUUGCUCACAGUGAGGAAUACCUUAUCAACACGUGGAACGACUAGUUACGGCGGGUCUAUGGACAGAGCACGGUCCUGGCCAGCUCGACUGCGAGUGACAGUCUCAAUCGCAACUGUCAGUCCAGCUGGAGGGCACCCGACUCCUGAGGAGUCAGGCUGUGUUCCAGGUCCGUGCACAUUCUGCUUCCGUAGUGUCAAAGACAAGAGGAGGUUUUAAAUAAGAUCCUGAUUUCACAGGGGUAGGAGUGCGGAACUACUGAUACCACUGGAGCUCGCCAGCCUAUAGUAACGUGGGUUCAGAACGAAGCUCAGCUCCUUGUUUUCAGUGACCGAUUCAUCCCUCCUUUCAACAAGAAACCACUUUUUAUGCUCCAAAUAAGCUUUUUAUCCUGUCUUAACAUAAUUUGACUGUGAUGUGAAGUUAUCAUUUAAAAUCCAGUCCUUGGGAAGCCUGCUCCAAAUGGCUUCAGGAAGGCACCGCGUUUUCCCCUAGCAGCAGUUUACAAUCGUUCAUCCUCGCUGUGUGUGACUGUAUACAAAGUUAUUUUUAUAUGAUGUGCAGUGUGGUGUCGUCUUAGUACUGUAUCUGUAGAAGUAAAACUUCCGUUUGCACGUAUUUAAAGAAUAUGUUUGGUAUUUUAAUGCCAAGGAAAGCACUGAUUCCAAAUGUGAACGAGGAUUCAAGAGAUGCUUUACUGUUUAAAAAGCUCCUGUUGAUCGUUACAGUAUGUGAUUAGAGAUUUCUGGUUUAUACAUACAUUGUGGGAGUACCAUAAAUAACAAGUUUGCAUUAAUUACCAUAAUAGGUUUUGCGUAACUUGCACAGUGUCUUGCCCAAAUAAAUAACUUUAUUACAUGUAUUUUAGAGAGUUACUAAGAUUGUAUUUUCUCUGCAUCAUAUCAAAAAGAUUUUUGUUUUAAUAGUCCAUGUUUACAUGUCCAACAAUCAGAUUUCCUACAAUAAGCUUUAUAAUGUACCUUUGCAUUUUUCCCUGCAUUGCCAAGUUUCAGUUAUUUGUAAAAAGCUGGGUUUAAGUGAACAAGAGAUAAUUUAUAAGUUGUUUCUGUUUGAGUACUAAAUAUUUGCCUUCUGAAACUCUUAUUUAGAAGAUUAUUUAAUUAAAAAAUACAAUGGCAUUGUUAUGGCUAGUUAAAAUAAGGAAUAAGUUACUUUAAAUUGAAACAAUUUUGAAAAAGAAAAGCAACUGAUCCCUUUUGACAUGUCCAAUAAAGCAGCACUUUGUAGCAAA